AUGUACGCGGAGUUAGUGUGGACAAUCCAUAAAGGCUCAGCUCGUGCCGAGUCAUACUUCAAUCGGAAUUGCAGUGCUUCUGAUGACUGUUAUGUACAAGCUUCAUAUGCGCCGGUUUUUUGGGAUGCUGAAGAGGAAGAAGAUGACAGGGAUAAGAAGAAACAAAGAACAAAGAAGCACUUGAGCCUAAAACUUCUAGAAUAUGUUUCAUUACCGUUACGUCUAUGA